AAUGGAUAUCGAUGUCGAUAAAGUAAGUAAUUUAAAAGUAUCAAGAUAAUUGAAAAACUUUUAGAAAGCAAAGGAGCUAAAUAAGGGAAAGCUGUAAAUCUAACAGAAAAUGAAAUACGUUCUUUGUGUGUAAAGAGCAGAGAAAUAUUUUUAAGUCAGCCAAUGUUGCUAGAAUUGGAAGCUCCAAUAAAGAUAUGUGGUAAAAUGUUUAAUAUAUGUAGGUGAUAUACAUGGAUAAUACACUGAUUUAUUGAGACUAUUUGAAUAUGGAGGGUUUCCACCUGAGGCUAAUUAUUUAUUUUUAGGAGAUUAUGUAGAUAGAGGAAGACAAUCAUUAGAAACAAUUUGUUUGUUGUUGGCUUAUAAAAUAAAAUACCCUGAAAACUUCUUUUUAUUGAGAGGGAAUCAUGAAUGCUCAUAAAUAAACCGUAUAUAUGGAUUUUAUGAUGAAUGUAAAAGAAGGUAUAAUAUAAAAUUGUGGAAAACUUUUACUGAUUCUUUUAAUUGUUUACCUGUAUGUGCAGUGAUAGAUGAGAAAAUUAUCUGUAUGCAUGGAGGACUUUCACCAGAAUUAACAAAUUUAGAGUAGAUUCAUAGAAUAAUGAGACCAAUAGAAGUACCAGAUACAGGAUUAUUGUGUGAUUUAUUAUGGUCAGAUCCAGAAAAGGAUAUUCAAGGUUGGUAAGGUAAUUUUUAUAUUAAAAUAACAUAAAGAUAACGAGAGAGGAGUUUCAUAUAUAUUUGGAACUGAUGUAAUAGCAAAUUUUUUGAAGAAGAAUGAUAUGGAUUUAGUUUGUAGAGCUCAUUAAGUUGUAGAAGAAGGAUAUGAAUUUUUUGCAAAAAGACAAUUAGUAACAUUAUUUUCAGCUCCAAAUUAUUGUGGAGAAUUUGAUAAUUCAGGUAUAAAAUUUAUAUAGUUUAUUUAAUAGGAGCAUUAAUGAGUGUGGAUGAAACUUUAAUGUGUUCAUUUCAAAUUCUAAAAUCAUAAGAUAAAAAAAAUGUUCCAUUAGGUAGACCAAGAACACCAAAAUACGUUAAUUGAU